AUGUCCUCAGGAUUAAUGACUCAAGAACAUCGUGAAAUCCUAAGAGCCAGUCGUAUGUUGCUUGCUCGAAAAUGUCGGGAUCAAAUCUCACCGAUAUGUGAAUAUUUACUCGAAGCGAGAAUAUUAACAUCAUACCACCAAGAAACAAUCGAAUCUGAAUCGACGUCUUCUAAAAAAGUUUGGACUUUAUUGAAUAUUCUGCCUGAGCGUGGCGAUAGAGCCUUUGAUGAGUUUUGCAAUGCUUUAACAUAUUGUGAAAUAACAGUGGAAAACUUCAAUAGUGGUCGAAAACCGAAAAACUCUGAAGAUAUUAAAAAAGACACAGGAAUGGAUACCACUGAUAGCCAAAAGAAAAAUCAGCGAGUAUUUAUAAGUUAUAGCUGGAGUGAUAAAGCGGAUGUCCGAUAUGUAAAAGAAUUCUUGGAAAGCAAAAAUAUUUCCUGUUGGAUAGAUGAAGAGAAAAUCUACGUGGGAGAUGAACUUCACCCUGUAAUAGCGAAAGCUAUCAUGUCGUCUGAGAUGUUUAUGCCGUUUUUGAGCAAGGAUUACGCAAAUUCAUACAAUUGUUACCUGGAAUUUAAUUACGCACAUUUGCAUCAAAAGACAAUAAAACCUGUCAUCAUCAAAGAUAUUGAUCCAAAGAAGGAUUUGAUAAGUUCAGAUGGCAAGAGAGAUUUCUAUUUUUUAAUUAGUACUAAGGUCUACACUAAAAUUCUUCGUCAAAAACAAACAGAUGAUGAAUUCAAGAAAAAAUUAGAGAAACUAUAUGAAAGUAUCGUCAAACCUAAGCCAGAGACCAAAUCGAGUCAACAACAACUUAGCCCUGCGAAAGACGAAGUUGACAAGAUGGAUACAGGAACGACUCCAGGUAAAUUAUAA